AUGCCUGGAACCACGGUUUUCUCCGAUGCAUCUGGCCAGCAGAACCACCUAGGGGCCGCAGCCGUAGCCCUCAACGGAAACCUGCAGGCGUCAGAAUCGCGACAAGUCAGCAUUGGGUCAAUGGAACACUGCAAAGAAAGCAGUAGGCCUGAAGAAGAUGUAUCUCUUUUAACCCCUUCUCUUGACGAUGACAGUAAUAAUAACUACGGAAAAAGAUUGGACCUGCGUUUAGCAGCAUCUCAAACAUACCAGAAGGAUAAUAAGGAAGAGAUAGAUAGGAAGAUCCUGCAUAUCACUUUAAUUUGCGAGGGGUCAGAGUAUGAAUACACACACACAUACCCCUUAUUCUGCACUCAUUCAAAAGCGGACUACGUGGAUUAUCUGCUCUUGGAGGACCAAGCAAUCUACAUGAAUUUCUUCGAUUUAAUCCCUGCCGAGUGCAAGGUGCCAAGGCGUAUGAAGGCUAAGAAUACGCUGGAUGUGGGGGUCUUCUGUAUUACCUAUCGCCACCACUGGCUCUGGUCCGUCAUUACGGGGACUCGACCAGGUGUACUACUUUCGCAGGAUGCCUCGUCCGCCACCAGAGCAUCCCUGGGCAAGCGGAAACGGGACCCGUCCGUCGAGAGCGACCUUCCCAAUCACGUUUCCGUGAAUACAUUCUACCAGAAUCCGUCUGCUACCGCGACAUUGAGCUCUAUCAUCUCAAAGACCCAGACAGCAGGCGUGAUGUCCUUUGUGCUGUCAUUGAAUUUGACAAUCCCAAAGGUCGGCCAGAAGGUGCUGAUGGAACUAAAUUUUUUAUGCACGGUAAUUAUCAACUGGCAUACUGCCCGAUCACCCAAAUUAUCUCGUACGCGUUUCGUGAUGGGGCAUUUCUCAGAGAUGACCCCAGAGCUAAUAUGGCGGCUCCGAAUUUCAAAACGCAGUCAGUCUCUUCGUCUCCGAUGGGAACCAGAGAAUCUCGAUACUCCCCUACUUCGGCGCCUUGAGCGCACCCCAUACGGCUUCAGGCUUCAUAAGUCUCUGCUGAUGACCUAUGAUUCGAGUCAACGAGCGCUCCAAGAGUUGGGUCGAGAUGCACGAUUUGAGGAAGACAUUGGACAUUAUAAUUACCGACGCUGGACUGGAAAUGGAGUUAACCGGAAUGUUACAAGCCAGGAACGGCAAAGGGUGCUCGGGUUUGCGGUUAUUGAAGUCAGUAAACAGAUCAAACGGCUUCUUGGCCCGUCCGUGGAGGGAGAUGGUGAUGCCGCUGACAGUUCCGAGGAAGAUGACUGGGAACUUCCCAUCCCGGAUUAUGUCUUUCCUGAGCGGGCGCGCCUCGUGGAAAGCUUCUACGGAUCUAAAGCAGAGAAUUUUGACGAAGAUAAGCUGCUUGCACGACGAAUCCAGGUUACCAAGGACAUGGUUGCACUCUCAAAGCUCUGCGAGCCAGAUCGACGGGGAAAGCGAAUCAACUGGGGUGUAGACGUUGACUCCGAUCAAGCGAAGUCCGGAGUUUCCUUUCCUACUCAAGAGGGAACCCUGGAAUGUCCGACGAAUGUUUGCAAUAUCUGUUACGGGCUCUCUCGUGCUUCGGCGUCUAAUCCACCUCCACACCAGUUUCCUUCAAAGCGAAUGGACUCUCUUCGUCGCCAUCUCAUCGAUUCUCAUCUCGCCCUUGUGGACUAUGGAAUCAGUUGCAAUUGGGCAGCUUGCCGCGAUGUUCCUAGGUUCGCUGAAGUCACUGCGUUCUUGGCCCAUGCGGUGAAGCUGCAUGCAUACGAUGUCAAUAUUAAACUCCAUCAUCUUCCCGAAAGAUUCCGGCUUCCUUCUGACGAUAGUCUAUGCUGUGAGAGCACAGAUAGCUUACUGGGAUCAGGAAACCAGAACGGCAGCGAAAGUCCCACCCCCUCUGUCAGUUCUGAGCUCGCUAACAUCGACCCACGCCUACUAAAUCCUUGCAAUGCUACUGCCACCGCCACCGUCGCAAAUCCUCCACUGCGUCGGUCGAACAGGCUGCGAGGUAGAUCAUGA